AUGGUCAAUUUUGUUGCUCGCAAAGACAACCCACCCACAUAUGACGUUGCUGUUGGAUCCAGUACAGGAUCAACUGCUCCACCACCACCAGCGUCUCCCACCCUCAAGUCCAAGGACACCCCAUAUCCUCAGCCGCCUCUGCAACCACAGCCACAUAAUGGGAUGUUCAUCGCACCAGCGCUAGGCCCUGGACCUGCGGUGUACAGGUAUCACAAUCCCCGAACGGGCGAAGUCGUUUCGUCUCUCUUGCCCCCAGAUCAUCCUGAGAUGGUAUGCCUGCAGCAAGGACACAUCAUCCAAACCCAGUACGGUGUCCUUGGUAUACUAGCUGCCGUAUUCUGGUUCCCGCUCGGAAUUGCUCUCUGUCUGCUCGACAAGCGCACCAAGUGCGAGAGAUGCGGUCUUGUGAUAGACGACGGAUGUUUCUAA